AUGGGGCCCCACCAGCCCUCACCUGUCCUUCACCUGCCACGGCUGGCAGGAGAUGUGCGGGAAGUUUUGAUUCCCAAAGGACUUGGAGAUCCUGCUGAGGUGUCCCUUGGGGCUCUGUGCACCGCCAGGAGGAUGCUCCUGCUGCUGGGGGUGGCCGGGCUGCUGGCAGGGAUGGCGGCUGGGACGUGGCUGCUCGUGAAGCACAGGAAGGAGCCCCAGACAGAGCAGGGCUUCCCCCAGGAGCAGGAUUUGGAUGUGAUCCCAGCGUGUGAUGAUGGUGAGGAGGAAGAGCCCGUGGUCCGGGGGGCUCCCAGCACAGUUUUGCUUUUCUCUGAAGUCCUGCUGGACCCUUCAGCACUGCAGCUUCGUUGCAUGGAGGAAUCCCCCAGCAAAGAGAUUGGGAACACACAGCUUGUCUGCAAUGGAAUGGCUUCAGUGUCUUUCAGGAUCAACACAGUGAAUUCCCUGCUGCAAGCACGGGUGGAGGCACAUCCUGGCUGGCUCCUGGUGUGCCACGGGCACUGGGAUCCCUCCCUGGGCACCCUGCUCUGCCAGCAGCUCGGGUACCUCAGCAUGACCCAGCAGAAGGGAGUGAAUCUGACGGAUGUGCAGGUGGGCGCUGGGCAGCAGUUGCAGGUGAGACCCGGGCAGGAGGGCAGCCUGGAGGACACGUGGCAGGUCAGGAGCAGCUGCCAGUCCGGUCGAAUUGUGGCUCUGCAGUGCUCAGAGUGCGGGCUGCAGGCGGGGGCCGUGAGGGUGGUGGGGGGCACAGACGUGUCCCCCGGGCGCUGGCCCUGGCAGGUCAGUGUGUGCCAGGGCUCCCAGCACCGCUGUGGAGGCUCCGUGCUGGCCCCCGGGUGGAUCCUCACAGCAGCUCACUGUGUGCACAGGUACCCCCUGCCAGCCCCAUCCUGGCAGGUUUUUGCAGGAAUUGUCACUCGCAGCUCCCUGGCGCCCGAGGCCGGGGUACCAGUCCGGGAAAUCAUCCCACACCCGCUCUACAACGACAGCAACCUCGACUACGACAUCGCCCUGAUGAGGCUCCAAGUGCCCCUCAAUUUCUCAGGUGCCAUCCGAGCCGCGUGCCUGCCGCCCUCCCCGCAGGACCUGCUGCAGGGCACGCAGUGUUGGGUGUCGGGCUGGGGCUACACCACACCUGGCCAAGCACAGGUGGCCGGGACGCUGAAGGAGGCCCUGGUGCCCCUGAUUGGCACCCGGAGGUGCAACAGCUCCUGUGUGUACAAGGGUGAGCUCACGGCCAGGAUGCUCUGUGCAGGACACCUACAGGGACACGUGGACGCCUGCCAGGGGGACAGUGGGGGGCCCCUGGUGUGCUGGGACGGAUCCACGUGGCGCCUGGUGGGAAUUGUGAGCUGGGGCCGGGGCUGUGCUGAGCCCAACCACCCCGGGGUCUACACCAACGUGGCUCAGCUGCUGCCCUGGAUCCACCAGGUCACCCAGGUCCACUAG